AUGGGCUCACACCUUUCUCAGGAGGGCGCCCCGCCAAUGAACCCAAGCCGAGAUCUCUGUUCCCCUCAUCAAUGCGUGACGACACAUCCUGAUAUCAAGAGCGACGCUCGUAAGCACGCGUUCGUCACGGCAGGCCCACCGGCUCACUCGCAUAGAAAAGGCAACGAAGCACACAAGGGGAAUGGCUUCCGCUACCCGGGUCCGGAUGCCACCCACAUGGCGUGCCUACUGGAACCCGUCAUGCCAUCCUCUCUCGUCAGCCGCAAGAUGGCAUCGAAGAAGAGAAAACGACUGGUCGCCUUGCGAGACUUCAAGAGGCAAUUCUUGUCGGCCCAGGCGCAGGGCAUGUGUGGGAGCGGAAAGGCUUCGCCGCGCCGGGAGAAUGUCCAUUUUGCAACAACGGCAGGGUGCUAUUCGGGCACCCUCGAGAACGUGAUUCGACCUCCAUCGAGUUUUCCUCAGCAUGCAGCCCAUUGCUCACAUCCGAUGGGGGUAAGUCACAACAUGCGGAUGGAAGUGUCUGUAUCCGUACCAGUCUACACUGGCGCACAAGAAAGCAACAACAGACGGCCCCUCUUUGGGCCGCAAUAUAUCAACGUGCCCUUGAAGCAAAUGCCGCUCGGGGGCUCGGAGCAGUGCACCUUAUCCACGUCGCGCCCGGGGAACAUGAUCGCAUCCUGGGCAGACUUUACAAAGACCAGGACUAGGUGCUUUUCCACCACGUUCAUCUCAUCCACUUCUCCACUAGAUUUUUGUUCUUACCCCUGGCGCCCCAAAGAACUUUUGGGUCUUUGCCCCCUCCUCAAAAUCUCGAAAACCAACGGACUAACGGUUCCACUGCCUUUCAAAAGAAACAAAGCUACAAUGUGUCAGACUGGCCAGGGCCGAGCUCGUACCCAUGAUAUGGUAAUUCUAGCCAACGGAUCGCCCUAA